AUGGAAGAGCCGUCCCUAUUCCCUCUUCCGCCUUAUAACAAACACCUAGUCCGCAUAAUUCUCAACCUCUCUAUCAAUGCUAAGGGCUUUUCCUGUGGUUUCCCGCCUACCCAUUCCCUCUCCCACAAGUACUCAGACUACGUAAUGCUCGUGAGAGACUCAGAGAACGAUGGCUCAGAGUGUUUUGAGCAGAAUGAGCUCAACAGCCCCAUCACCAAAAUUCCCAAAUUUGUUCCUGUGGAAGAGAGUACCAUCCAUUCGAUAAGUAAACCUGAUGGUAUCAGGUUUAGUCUUGUGUCGUAUAACAUUUUGGCUCAGGUAUAUGUAAAGAGUUCCUUGUUUCCACACUCUCCAUCCCCUUGUCUGAGGUGGAAAGCUCGCUCACAGGCAAUUUUGAGUGUUCUCAAGAACCUUGGAGCUGACUUUCUCUGCCUGCAGGAAGUUGAUGAGUACGACAGCUUUUACAAAGGAAAUAUGGAGAGCAAUGGCUAUUAUAGUUCUUAUAUUCAGAGAAGUGGGCAAAAGCGUGAUGGAUGUGGAAUUUUUUAUAAGCACGACAUGGCAGAGUUGCUGUUAGAGGAGAAAAUAGAAUACAACGAUCUUGUAGACUCAAUUCUAGAUGGAAAUAGACUUGGUGAUGAUAAACCAAAUAACAAAGAAGCUAUCGAAAACAAAGACGAUGGACCCAAAAUUGGUUCAACAUUACAAAGCGCCCUGGAUCAGGGAGACCCUGAUGAUCCUCGUGUCAGACUGAAGCGUGAUUGUGUUGGAAUUAUGGCAGUGUUCAAGCUUAAAAAUCCUUCUAAUCCUGUUGUUAUUGUGGCAAACACACACCUUUACUGGGAUCCAGACUGGGCUGAUGUUAAGCUUGCACAAGCUAAAUAUCUUCUGUCACGUUUAGCUCAAUUUAAAACAUUGGUCUCCCAGAGAUUUGACUGCAGUCCUUCAUUAAUUUUAUCUGGUGACUUCAAUUCAACUCCAGGGGAUAAGGUUUACCAGUACCUUAUUUCUGGCAACUCUUCAUCUGCACCCUCGAUAGAUUUUGUAGAUCUACCCAUUCCCUUGUGCAGCGCAUAUGCUACUACACGAGGUGAACCACCAUUUACAAAUUACACUCCUGGUUUCACUGGUACACUUGAUUAUAUAUUCUUUUCCCCUUCUGACUGCAUAAGACCAGUCAGUUUUCUUGAGCUUCCGGAACCAGGCUCGUCUGAUCUUGAUGGUGGAUUACCAAACUUCAGUCACCCAAGCGAUCACUUACCAAUUGGUGUUGAAUUUGAGAUCUCCAGAUAG